AACUCUAAUAAAAAACUGCACCUAAGGAAAAUUGAACCCAUCACUAUGAAACAAUGAGGGAAGAGCUGUUUCCAACUGACAUACAGUGAAUUCCGGAAAAUGAAGGCCGAAAUUAUUGAUAAUAAUGUUACGGCUGGAAGCGUAUGCUUCUCCCGCUUCCUAUCAGGGCCGGUACUGCGUGAGCUUAAGUAUAUGUAAAUGUGGUGCUAUAUGAUAGUUCUGAGGGAGAAAUAGAUUAUCACCCCUUAUCGGCUGAAACUAUUAUAAAUAGUCCUUGGUCAGUAUUGAACAAAGUUUUAGGAAAGUAUAUAUGACAACAAUGAAAUAAACUCCAUUGAGUAAAACUAGUAAUCACGUAUUUAGUUAAUGUAUUAUCAAUUGCAGUUCAUUUCCUAGGUUAAAAGACUUUAUCUGGAAACUUGCAACCCAGGCUUAAUAUUAUCUAUGGAGACUUGAAGCCACACCACAAUAGUUACUGAGUAUGAUGAAAUUCACUAUUGCGUACGGUGUCUCCUUCGAAAACGAUUUUCUUGUAUCCCAAGGCCGAGCAAGCGUACAUUUAUGCAUUUUCAGGUGUACUUCUCCCUUCGAACUUUCCAUUCUUGAAAACUUCUAGUACUAUUUCAAACCGAGCUUUACUUAGCAAUGUCGAAAAUAGUUGAUUAAAAUUGGGUAACAAUUUUCAUUAUCAUAUAAAAAUUCCUAGACGCGUGCGUGUCCUUUAAACUCUUAAUCUCCUCUUGAUUCCAAAAACAAACAACAUUCCCUUUCUUGUCAUCUAAACUUUCUAAAAAUAGACAUCUUCUUGCAUGUGUUCUUCGUCUUCAUUGUUGUCCUCUGAAACAUCUUUUGUCUUCUUCAUACUUGCAUUGCAGAUUAAAACUUUUGGCAGAAUUUUCAUUUUGGAACCAUGGAAACGUCACACGAGCACAACUUUUUCAACCCCACGUCUAAACCAGACGCAGAAGAUCCAACCCUAAGACUUUCUUCAUCGUCUUCUUCCUCUUCUUGUUCUUCCAUAGAAGCAGAACCAAGACCUGAUCAUAAUCUAAGAAACAAUCAAUCUCCUCCAACGCAAAUCAUGGAGAGAUCUACAAACGACGCAACCUCAACACCUACUUAUAGAAUCCCAUCACACGUUUUCGAAACAACAACCUCAACAGCUCCCGUUGAAUGGAGCACUCUCUCCAAUGAAUCUCUCUUCAGCAUCCGCAUGGGAAACAAUAGCUUCACUGAAAUAGAUUACUUCAAAUCCGGCGAGCUCACGUUUCCUCAGCCUCCUUCACCGAGAACUCCUCAUAUGCCUUCUCCGCGCCACGACACAAAACAAGGGGGAGUCGCGGAGGAGUUCAAAACUCCGGUGGAUGUAGGUAAGAAAGCAGCUGAGACAGACAAAGCGUAUCGCACAAGUAAAGAUGAAGAACAAAAAGCUGCCGCAAGUAUACGAGAAGUUAUCAUGGCUAAUGAAGCUUCUAAUAAAGACAGCAACAACAACAACAACAAAAACAAUAAGUUAGAUCGGUCUGUUUCUCGCCGGUCUGAAGAUUUAAGCGUUAAGUCUUUCGCUUUUCAAAAGUAAAACAACAAAAAAAAAACUCUUCUCUUCAUGUCUUAAAAUAGAAAUGUCUUUAUUUUUCUCACUUUUUGUUGUUGUUCAUUGUGUAGAUUGGG